UCACUGGGGCGCGGGCACCGCCAUGCUGGUGCUGGCCCUGGUCGACGUGGACCAGGCGACGGCGGUGGCGCUGCUGUGCGUGGCCGUGGCCUUGGAGGCGGGGACGCUGGCCGGCUUCUUCUGCAACCACAUGGACCUGUCGCCCAACUUCAGCGGCGCCAUGAUGGGCGUUUCGGGCGGUGCUGGUGCACUCGUAGCUGUUGUCGUGCCGCUCGCCGUGGGGGCAAUCACGGGGGAAGAGGACAGCCUGAGUCACGAGGAAGUGACUACGCGGUGGAACACCGUGUUCAUCCUGACUGCAUGCAUUUACUACAUCGGUAAUUUGGUGUGGGUAUUCUUCUCAUCGUUCGAGGUGCAGCCUUGGAACAACGUUGCCAGCAAAACGGAAGUGGAGCCAGUGCAGAACAACAGUUAGUUGUGAGACCAGAAAACGGGAUCUCUCUGUGACUUCAAAGGAGUUCUCGAUUAACAGGGGCCUCAGACUCACUGUCAAUUGGAAGCACACUAAGGUGACUGGAUGAAACUGGAAAACACGGGACAAUGGUGCAAGUUUUGCCCUGUUAAGACUCCCACAAGGGGAGAAAACUGCGUUUGUCGUGACCAUUUAACGACUAGUUUUCUGUCAGUGAAAUUUUUGGUCCUUUGCAGUUUCAAGUUCUUUAACGGAAGAGAAGAGCAAAAUCGUGUAUUGACUCUUUCAACCCCUUGGUGCACCAAAAGCACCUUUUCGGUCAUACGUUAAAGUUUGUCCUUCGGUCACACACUUGUGUGUGGCCUUACCAUAAAUUAGUCAGAUGCCUCACUUUCAUUUUAGUACUGUCUCUAUGAUAGACUUGUAUCGUAAAGUAUUGAGAAUUGGCGAAUUGGCUUAGUGUUAUGACUGCACGCGGCAUUUUUCAGUAGAAAAUUGGGAGUAAAUUGUGAUGUUAUCAGAGGUUUAAAACGACCCAUAGACAGUUUGCACCAUAUUUUUAUUGUAUUGAACAAGGGUUACAAUCGUUGCUUGAUAUUCUCCAUGCAGUUUUUUUUAAAGUGAUUACGUGCACAAAAGUUAUUGAAAUUUCUCGUAAGAGCUCGCUGCAUUUAGCUGCACACACUUAAUUGUAGCUCAGAAAUGUCCAAUGCCACACACCUCACAUGUUUCACGGCUGCUCGUUGCGGAUCAAUGGACAGCUCUCGAACUUUAAAGAUGUACCUGCAAUGCCACCUAAAUACCGCUCGCUCAAACGUGGUACGGUGGCCAAGUGCACUGUGAAAAUUUGAGUUGUCACUUGAUGACAAUUUCAAGGCUAAUUUUCCUUACAAGGAUGUCAUCAAAUCAAUUGAUGACACUGUUGUCAUGUCCAUGCAAUGAGUGUAGGAGCUUUGAUGAAAAUGUCAUCAAUUUGUGAUGAGGUUGUCAUUAUUUGAAAGUGAUGAAAAUAUAAUCCACGUUUUUGUCAUAAAGUGACAGCAAAUUUUCACAGUGUGGUGCGGCACAAGAGGGGCGUGGGCCCUGCAGCUGGCACCGCAAGACCUAGAUGGCGAAGGCGAUGGACGCAGCGAGGAGGCCGCCGCCAAGAAGCACGAAGCACACCCUGAGCUGGGCCGGGCCGAGCGGGGUGACUCUGGGCGCCUUGCGGGCCCUGACGCGUUCCAGCUUGUACGCACGGGUGUCCCUCACGUUCUGGAAUCGGUUGACGACCACUGGGUCCAGACCGGCAGCCCGAAAUCGACCCAAGGCCGUGCCAAAGGGUUUGCCCAUGGGGGAUCCCUUCUUUGUCAGGAACAGACUGGUAAUAAAUUCUGUUGGAACACUAACUUUGUGCAUGC